AUGGCAACGGAUAACUCUGGUAACAACGUUGAGACGUUUGGUUUUAUUGUUAUGGAUGGUAAUAAUACCCUCUUUGGGACAUUAAGUGGCGAUACUAAGGAGGUUCUACACAAGUAUAAUGAUGGGUUGCCAAUGAAACAUGGAAGAAGAGGGCAUUCAGCUACGAGAUUUGCUCGUAUUCUUAUGGAGAAACGCCACAACUAUGUAAGGAAGACAGCAGAGCUUGCAACACAGUUUUAUAUCAAUCCUUCUACUAAUCAGCCUAAUGUUUCUGGACUUAUACUUGCUGGAUGCGCUGAUUUGACGAAUGAUCUCAGUCAAUCUGAUUUGUUUGACCCUCGUCUUAAGGAGAAAAUCUUGAAUGUUGUUCAUGUCUCUUACGGAGGUGAGAGUGGUUUCAAUCAUGCUAUUUAUUUGUCCUCUGAGAUUCUUGGCAAUGUGAAGUUCGUUCGGGACAUGCGUUUGAUUGAGAAGUAUUUUGAGGCGAUAAAUCAGUAUAGAGGAACCGUUGGUAUUGAUGAAACAUUGGAAGCUUUACACUUGGGUGCUGUGGAAACACUGCUUGUUUGGGAAAAUCUUGAAAUUAAUCGCUAUGUUCUAAGAAACAAUGUUUCUGGUGAAAUUGUUAUAAAGUAUUUAAACAAGGAACAGGAGACUGAUGGGAGUAAUUUUAGGGAUUCAGUCAGCGAUGCUGAACUUGUAGUUGAGGAAAAUAUGUCUCUGAUUGAGUGGUUUGUUAAUGAGUACGGAAGAUUUGGCUGUAAGAUUGAGUUUGUCACAAACAAAUCUAAUGAGGGGUUGUGUUUUUGUAAAGGUCUUGAUGGGGUUGGUGGCAUUCUUCGUUAA